UCACCUUCCCCACGCAUUCCCCAUUUUCCCUUUUCCCCAAAUCCACCGCCGAUAAAAAUGUCCUCUGCUGCCGCUGCCGCCGCCGCUGCGCUUCAGCAAUCGCCAAUCGCGUUCCGGUCCCGCUCGCCGCCGUCUUCGAAGCUCCAGUCGAAACCGAUCUCCUCAAAACUCUCCCUCACAUCGAACCUCAAACUCCAAAAACUCACCGUCAAGCCUCUCCGGCGGAUCCGCAGCCGCGGAUCCUCCGGCGCGAGAAUGGCGGACUCCGCCGCCGGAAGCUACGCGAACGCGCUGGCGGAGGUUGCGAAAUCGAACAACACACUUGAGCAAACCGCGGCGGACGUCGAGAAAAUCGAGCAGUUGUUCUCCGACGAGGCGGUUCAGAACUUCUUCAACGAUCCGACGGUCGUCGACGAGAAGAAGCGCGAGGUGUUGGACGAGGUUGUGCAAGCGUCGGCGCUGCAGCCGCACGUGGCGAAUUUCCUGAACAUUCUGGUGGAUAUGAAGCGGAUAGAUCUGGUGAAGGAGAUCGUGAAGGAGUUCGAGGCGGCGUACAAUAAAUUGACGGAGACGGAGGUGGCGGUGGUGACGUCGGUGGUGCAGCUGGAGCAGGAGCACCUGGCGCAGAUAGCUAAGAAGGUCCAGAUGCUGACCGGCGCGAAAAACGUGAGGAUAAAGACGGCUAUCGAGCCGGCUCUGGUAGCCGGCUUCACUAUUAGGUACGGGAAUUCCGGCUCGAAGCUGAUUGAUAUGAGCGUGAAGAAGCAGCUGGAGGAGAUCGCGGCUCAGCUCGAUCUCGGGGACAUCCAAUUGGCUGUAUGAAUUCGAUCUUUUUGUUUUUGUUUUUAUUUUAAAUUGGGAAUUAUAAUUUGAAUUAUAUAUGUAUGUGUAUGUAUAUGAAUUUGUGUGUUUUUUUGAGGGAAUUUUAUUUUACA